GAAGCAGCCGCAGCGCCGGAUCCCGCUCGGGGCACGCCAGGCCUCGGCAGCCGCCAGGUUGGGGGGUCCCCGGCCCGGGCAGGCAGCUGCCCCCUCCCCGCUCCCAGCGAUGAGCGGCUCUUUCGAUAAGAAGCUCUCCAGCAUCCUGACGGACCUCUCGGGCUCGCUGAGCUGCCAUGCAGCCUCCAAGGAUUCUCCCACCCUGCCGGAGUCCUCGGUCACCGACCUGGGCUACUACACGGGCCAGCACGACUACUACCCGGGCCAGUCGUACGGGCAGCCCGUGGGCCACUACCCCUACCCCCAGUUCAACCUCAACGGCAUCGGCACCGCCGGCACCUACUCGCCCAAAUCCGAGUAUUCCUACAGCCCCUCGUACCGCCAGUACGGCCACUUCAGGGAGCAGCAGCUCCCGGCGCAGGAAGCAGUGUCCGUGAAGGAGGAGCCGGAGCCGGAGGUGCGGAUGGUCAAUGGGAAGCCCAAGAAGAUCCGCAAGCCCCGCACCAUCUACUCCAGCUACCAGCUGGCCGCCCUGCAGCGCCGCUUCCAGAAGGCGCAGUACCUGGCGCUGCCCGAGCGCGCCGAGCUGGCGGCACAGCUGGGGCUCACCCAGACCCAGGUGAAGAUCUGGUUCCAGAACCGGCGCUCCAAGUUCAAGAAGCUCUACAAGAACGGCGAGGUUCCCCUGGAGCACAGCCCCAACAACAGCGACUCCAUGGCCUGCAACUCUCCUCCCUCCCCGGUGUGGGACAGUCCCGGCGGCAGCGCCCGGACCCCGCUGCCGCAGCCGCUGCCCUACAGCUCCUCGCCGGGAUUCCUGGAGGAGCACAACCCCUGGUACCACCCCCAGAGCCUCAGCGGCCCCCACGGACCCCACCAGGCGCAGGCGGCCCCCCCGAUGCACCACCCGUCCCCCGGGCCCCCCAGCACGGGCGCCGUGUACUGAGGGUGGCCAGGGGCUCAGAGACUCUGCACAACUCCUUGGCCUCCUUUUCUCCCCCCUCAAACC